UCGCUUCUUCCUUCGCGCGUAAUUGAUGUUGGACCGCCAGAUGGAUCUCAAGAACCAUUUCUCUAUUCAAGCAAAGAGCAUUCCGACUAUUACCUGACACUAAGCCAUCGAUGGGGAGAUUACGAUACGGUCAAGACGAGGUUGGAAAAUUUGAGUGACCGAUCAAUCUCCAUGCCAAUACGCACUCUACCCAAAAGUUUUCGUGACGCUGUGGUCAUCACCAGGAAGCUCGGUCUCCGUUACCUAUGGAUCGAUACGCUUUGCAUCGUUCAAGAUGACCCAUCAGACUGGGAGAGCCAAGCCUCGAAUAUGGCUAAUAUAUUUCGAAACUCACUUAUGACCAUUGCUGCCGCUGUCGACAACUGCUAUGAGAAUGGACACUAUUCCAAAAAUCUGGGCAGCUUUUCGCUUUCGCAGAUCGUCAUGAAUCAGGCGCUGGGAAGACCUUCGGGGGUCCUGGAUGCUGGUGCAUGGAUCCUUCAAGAACAAUUGCUCUCACCAAGGGUCUUGUAUUUCACAGCCGACGAGCUGUUCUGGGAUUGUGUCUGCAUCAACGCCUCAGAGUCCUAUCCAACACGUAUACCCGAUCUAGUGUACAACAGCCACAGCCACGGGCGAAGCUACCGAUCCUUCAAGGAAGCUACGUGGAGGCAGAUUGUCCAAGCUUACUCAAGUCGUGACAUAACCCUAGAAACAGAUAGGAUGAUCGCUACGGCGGGGGUUGUGAGCCUGACGGAGAAGAUGUUAAACGACCGAUGCAUUUUUGGGCUAUGGGCAAAAAAUCUAAAUGGCGAGCAAAUGUGGCAAGAGUUACUAUGGUCGGUGGAU